CUCAUUUUGAUUUAUUCACUUCCCCCCGCAUUUCCUGUUGAUGAGAUCAUUCGCUAUUGCUUAGCCUACUGCAGCAGAAGUCUUAACGGCAUUUUGCGAGUUUCUUCUCCCUCUUGCUCUUGUUCCUAUUUUGGCUUUCCAGAGGAAGACUGCAGACGGCUGACUGGUGUGAAGACACACUGAACUCCAACGAGACACCAUCAAGCACAGUGUUAAGCUAUACAAACUACAACCGGUUGUUUCCUGCUAAAGGUGGGCAAGACUACAAAGGACAAUGUCUCACAGUGCUCUUAUGGGGGCUCAAACAACUGGUGCGGGACCAGAAACAUCUCGGCAGGACAACAUAGGUGUCAGAGGUGUGGCGGCGUCUCACGCCAUGGCACAAACAGAUCUGUCCAGAAUGAAACAGUACAAGUCCAUCAUUAACCAAGUGGGAAAUGCAAAGGGAGUUGAUCCUGCCAUCAUUGCUGGCAUCAUCUCCAGAGAAUCCAGGGCUGGGAACGCAUUGAACAAUGGCUGGGGUGACCAUGGCAAUGCCUGGGGUCUCAUGCAGGUUGAUAAGCGGUAUCACACACCUCAAGGUGGAUGGAACAGUAAGGAACAUCUGUCUCAGGCCACAGAUAUCUUGACUGGUUUUAUACGAGACAUCAGAAAUAAGUUUCCUGGAGGGACUUCAUCGGAGCAACUCAAAGGUGGGCUAGCCGCCUACAACCAAGGGCCUGGAGCUGUCCACUCUUUGAGCGCGGUUGAUGCUAACACCACUGGUAGGGACUAUUCCAAUGACGUCAUUGCCAGAGCUCAGUGGUACAGCAACAAUGGAGGCUUUUAGGAGUGAGAAGAAUGAAGAAAGAACAGAGGCGGGUUAGUUUUGUGCUCCGAGUAAUUCCUCUCCAAACUAAUAAAAAAAACAAUAAAGUUCA